AUGCACUCGGUUGGUGAGAACGCAGUGAAGGAAACAGUUUUCCCAUCCCAAAUCACUAAUGAGCAUGAGUCAUUGAUAAUGGUGAAGAAACUUUUUGCUACUUCUAUCUCAUGUAUAACAUAUCUAAGAGGACUUUUUCCAGAGAGCUCUUAUGGAGAACGCCAUUUGGAUGACCUCAGUUUAAAAAUCCUCCGAGAAGACAAAAAAUGUCCCGGGUCACUACAUAUUAUCAAAUGGAUUCAAGGUUGUUUUGAUGCUUUGGAAAAGAGAUACCUACACAUGGCAAUACUUACACUUUACACAAAUCCCAAGGAACCUGAGAAGGUGACUGAGAUAUACCAGUUCAAAUUCAAAUACACAAAAGAAGGAGCCACUAUGGAUUUUGACAGCAGUAGUACGAGCUUUGAAAGUGGGGCAAAUAGUGAAGAUAUUAAGAAAGCCAGUGUUCUACUGAUCCGUAAGUUGUAUAUUCUGAUGCAGAACCUUGGACCCCUUCCUGAUGAUGUUAUACUUACUAUGAAACUCCACUACUAUAAUGCAGUAACCCCACACGAUUACCAACCCCCUGGUUUUAAAGAAGGGGUGAACUCACACUUCCUGUUAUUUGAGGGGGAUCCUGUCAACCUGCAAGUGGGAUUAGUCUCCACUGGCUUUCAUAGCAUGAAAGUAAAAGUCACGACUGAGGCUGCCAGAGUGCCUGAUUUGGAGAACAAUCUCUCUCCGGAGAACAGUACUACCCAGAUUGCCCAUCAGGGUCUAGACUGCGAUGAGGAAGAAGAGGAAUGCAACAAUCAUAUUCAAAGAAUGAAUUUUGUGUACAGUCAGCAAAGUUCUGAGAGCUCCCGGAAGAAGAGGAAAGUCAGCGAACCAGUGAAAGUCUUCAUCCCUAACAGAAAAUGA